AUGGCUUUGUCCGAGAGGUUGAGUGAUAGAGGAGGAGUGAGAGUGAAAGUGAAGCAAAAGUGGAGGAGAAAUUUUGAAACAGGGUUUGCAUUUCGUGGUUAUGAUGAAACUGAAGACUCAAAGAACCAAGGUAACUUUCUCGAACUUCUUCAUUUGCUAGCUCAGCACAAUGAACAUUCUAAGAGUGUUGUUUUGAAUAAUGCACCUGGGAAUCUUAAAUUGAUAGCACCAGUGAUUCAAAAAGAUAUUAUGAAUGCUACAGCAAAUGAAACCACAAAGGCUAUCAUUAAUGAUCUUGGAGAUGACAUCUUUUCAGUUUUGAUUGAUGAGUCUCGUGAUGUGUCAAUUAAAGAACAAAUGACUAUUGUCAUAUGUUAUGUAGAUAAAAAGGGUCAUGUGCUUGAGCAGUUUCUUGGCAUUGUACAUGUUAGUGAUACAACUACAGUGUCACUUAAGAUGGCUCUUAAGUCAUUAUUUUCUAGGCAUGGAUUGAGUUUGUCAAGAUUACGUGGACAAGGUUAUGAUAGGGCAAGUAAUAUGCAAAGAGAAUUUAAUAGUCUGAAAAGUUUAAUUUUGAGGGAGAAUGAAUAUGCUUAUUAUGUUCACUGUUUUGCUCACCAACUUCAAUUGACACUAGUAGCCGUUGAAAAAAAUCACAUUUUUAUUGCUUCAUUUUUCAGCUUGGUUACUAAUUUGAUAAAUGUUGUUGGAGAUUCAUGCAAGCGCCAAGACAUGCUUUGGGAGAGCCAAGUUAGUAAACUUGUUGAAGCACUAGAAAUUGGUAAAGUUAGCAAGGGACGAGUUAGCUUGCAUAUGAUGAAAAGUAUAUUGGCAAUUACCAAUGAAUUGUCACAAGCAUUGUAG